GUGCCCCAAAUAUCAACAAACAGAAGACGGUGUGAACAUGGCUGCUCCCAUCGUCUGCUAAGAGUAUAUUGGUUAUUUUUAUGUUUAAAAUACUUUUUUAUGUAGCGGAAUCAUGCGGGUGUCACGGGUGCCUUUAAACAAUUUUAUUGUAAGAUCUAUGGGGAGUGCAAGAUAUGGCACUGCCAAGGCUGAGAAGAGUGGUCCAGCGAGACGAAUUGUGUCAGGGAUUCAACCAACAGGAUCCCUCCACUUAGGUAAUUAUUUAGGAGCAAUCAAGAAAUGGGUGGAACUUCAAAAUUCUGGUGAGGAAGCAUUCUACAGCAUAGCAGAUCUACAUGCUAUCACCGUUCCUCAGGAUCCUAAAACUUUGCAGCAAGGUAUUUUAGAAAUGACUGCAAGCCUUUUAGCAUGUGGUGUGGAUCCAAAGAAGUGUGUGUUGUUUCAGCAAUCCAAAGUUGUAUAUCACACCCAGCUUUGUUGGGUCCUGGCUAGCCUUACGACUAUGGCAAAAUUGGGUCAACAGGCUCAGUUAAGAGAAAAACGUAAUGUUUUACAAGAACUGUCAACUGCUCUGUACCUUUAUCCAGUUUUACAAGCUGCUGACAUUCUACUUUACAAGGCCACUCUUGUUCCAGUAGGGGAAGACCAGAUUUCUCACCUUAAUUUGGCUUCAUUCUUGGCCAGAACAUUUAAUAAACGCUUUGGGAAUACUUUCCCAAUUCCACAAGCAUUAAUCAAUGAAGAUUCAAGUCGCCGUCUGAAGAGUUUACGCAAUCCUCUCAAUAAAAUGUCCAAAUCAGAUCAAGAUCCAAGGAGCCGUAUUAAUUUAUAUGACUCAGCUGAUGAAAUAUUAACUAAAUGCAAAAAAGCUGUGACGGAUUGUGUAUCUGCUGUGGCAUAUGAUCCAGAUAACCGACCAGGCAUUUCUAAUUUACUUGUUAUUCAUUCCUCUCUCACUGGAAAAUCUAUAGAUGCUAUUUGUCAAGAGGCUGCUGGGAAGGAAUCUGGAGAGUAUAAAAUGACUAUGGCAAAUGAGAUAAUAGAAGUCCUUUGUCCUAUCAGAGAGAAGUAUCUCAAUCUUAUGAAGGAACCAGCAUACCUUGAGCAGGUGUUACAGGCUGGGGCACAAAGAGCUGAAAUUCAUGCUCAGGAAACUUGGCAAGAUGUUACAAAGAGAAUUGGUAUUGGACAUUGUUACACAAGUGAAAAGAAUUUAGCCUCCCAACGUCAUAAUUUAUAACUAGCAAUCAAAAUCACCAGGUGAGGUUCAUAUGAAAUAUACAUUUAACUGGAGAUCA